AUGGCCGACAACGCAGAAGCGGGCAGCGAUGCCCAAAUUACAUUCAAGGUCAAGACCUCGUCUGAGGGCACACACACCAUCACAAUGCCCGACAGUGCCUCUGUCCUCGAUCUCAAGAAUAAGCUCGCUGGCGACGAUUAUGAAAACGUGCCCGUCGAGCGCCAACGCCUCAUCUACUCCGGCCGUGUCAUGAAGAACGAUGAUACCCUCGCCACAUACAAGAUCAAGCCAAACAAUAUCAUCCACAUGGUCAAGAGCGCCGCCAGUAACCCUCCCCAGCCAGCCUCGUCCGCCUCCGCUCCCGCGCCGCAGGCUCUGCCCACAAACAUGGCUUCGGGAACCGCCAACAACCCUCUUGCUGGCCUGACUGGCGCUCGCUAUGCCGGUCACCAGGUGAACCUGCCUGGUAUGGACAUGUUUGGUCCCGAUGGUGGCAUGGGCCCUCCCAUGAGUGAGGAAAACAUGGCACGCAUGAUGUCCGAUCCCAACGUCCAGCAGACUAUGAAUGAAGCCCUCAACAACCCCGACUUUAUCAACAUGCUCAUCGAGUCGAACCCUAUGCUCCGCGACAUGCCAAACGCUCGUGAACUCAUCACCUCGCCCUUCAUGAGAGAGAUGAUGAGCAACCCUGCCAUGCUCAGCAAUGCCAUGCGAGUGGGGCGCGGUAUGCGUGGACUCGACAGUUUCCCUGCGCCAGGCGCAACCGAUACCACACCACAGAAUCCCACCGAUGCCACCAGCAAUGGCGCCCAAGCCCAAGGACAAAGGCAGCAGGUUCCCUCGGCCAACUCUUUCAAUCCAUUUGGAGUCGGCGCAGUUCCCGGCAUGAGCUUCUCUGACAUGAUGCAAAGCCUCAGCGCCGCCGGUUUUGGAGGUGCCGAUGCCGGUGCCGGCCCUGGUUCACGAAGCGAAGGCCAAGGGGAGGCCGGCGCAGGUGCUGGUGUCAACGCGCAGAACCCUUUUGCCGCCCUCUUCCCUGGAGGCGCAGCCGGGGCUGGUGGCGCCGCCGCUGCCGGCAAUCCAUUCGGCAUGAGCCCAGAGCAACUUCAGCACAUGUCCCAACUCAUGCGUACCAUGACUGGUACUCAAGCCGGCGGCGUUGGCCCAGCUGCACCCCCCGACAACCGACCUCCAGAGGAACGAUACGAAGAGCAACUCCGACAGCUCAAUGAUAUGGGCUUUUUUAAUUUCGACCGCAACGUCGCCGCGCUACGACGAAGUGGAGGAAGCGUACAGGGAGCUAUAGAACAUCUGCUCUCUGACUGA